UCCUGUUCGGUGCGGGCGGAGCAACAUGGCGGCUCCGUGGUGGCGGCAGUGCCGAAUUUGGACAACAAACUCUUCGAAUUUUACUUUACAUGAAACUGUGAGAUAUUUCAGCAGCGGGCUGGUUUCUACCUCCGUGUCUUCUCCUCGCCGUGCCUCCGUGAGUUCCACACCGGGCAGCGCGGUGCAGUUGACAUUUCAUCUUGCGGACCCAAACUCAAUCUUUAACUCGUAUCUCUCCAGACACAAAUCAUGGUUUCUGUAUUCCACCCCACAACCCUGCAGUUAUAGGUUGUUGCACAGUGAUGCAAAGCUGAAGGACCCUUUCAAGUUAGCGCAGAAAGACUUAGCAAAUUUGUAUGACGACAUCAAAAAGGACCUGUUGGGAUCCAAAGCAGAGCUGAAGUAUUUAUGUGAUUACUACUUUGAUGGGAAGGGGAAGGCCUUCCGGCCGAUGAUCGUCAUCCUGAUGGCCCGGGCCAUGAACAUCCACAGCAACAGAGCCGGAGAUUUGCUGCCAGGGCAGAAAGCCGUAGCCAUGAUCUCGGAAAUGAUUCACACUGCCAGUCUGGUCCACGAUGAUGUCAUCGAUGGAUCUGAUAAGCGAAGGGGAAAGCGCACAAUCAAUGACGUGUGGGGGGAAAGAAAGGCGAUCUUAGCCGGAGAUUUCAUCCUCUCAGCUGCCUCCAUGGCUUUGGCGCGCAUCGGCAGCAACGCAGUGGUAACCACACUGUGCAGCGCAUUAGAGGACCUAGUGAAAGGUGAAUUUAUGCAGCUGGGUUCCAAGGAGAACGAGAACGAGAGAUUCAAGCACUACCUCGAGAAAACCUUCAAGAAGACGGCGAGUCUUAUUGCUAACAGCUGUAAAGCAGUUUCCGUCUUGGUUAAUUCUGAUCCUGAAGCUCAUGAAAUCGCCUACCAGUAUGGAAGAAAUGUUGGAAUUGCAUUUCAGUUGGUGGAUGAUGUCCUGGACUUCACAUCAGGUGUUAAUCAGCUGGGGAAACCUGUAGCUGCAGACCUGAAGCUGGGCUUGGCCACGGGACCGGUCCUGUUUGCCUGUCAGCAGUUUCCAGAAUUACAUGCAAUGAUUAUGAGGCGUUUCAGCUCAAAGGGAGAUGUGGAUCGAGCCUGGCAGUAUGUCCUCCAGAGCGACGGCGUUGAACAGACGAACUUCCUGGCCCAGCGGUACUGUCAAGAAGCCAUCAGACACAUCAGUAUGCUGAGCCCCUCGGCGGAGAGAGACGCCCUCAUCCAGCUCACGCAGAUGGUGCUCAACAGAGACAAGUGAACCUUCACUGCCAAGAUUCACUUCAGGCAGCUACCCACUCCCACACUGCUCAGACCGAGCCACGAACACAAGAGAAGCAACAGCCGUUUGGCCCAGAAGCACCCCUGCUGCAUGUUGUUACUGCUGGAGGAAUCAAUCAAACUGCAUGCAGGGGGGUCUGUUUGAACUGAUACCUGAUUUUUGGCAUCUCUCCAGGAAUCAGUGUCAAUCUAGAUUUUUUUUCAAAACUCCAGGAAAGUGGUACCACCUUAGAUUGAUUGGCGUUGAAGACUCAAACUCGGCUUUCACUGCUUACCGUACUGUAAACAUAACAGCCA